AUGUGGCGUACGUGUCUCUUUCUCUUUUGUAUUGUUCUCAGCGCUUUUUGUGGAAAUUACACAUACUAUGAUGGCUUUGCACAUAAAGCUACUAAUCAAAUAAUAGCAAAUCAAACAAUUGGUACUUGUGUUUGUCAAUGUUUAUUAACAAAUGGAUGUUCAGCAUUAACUUUUUAUAAUCAAACUGCAACAUGUUCUCUUGUUUCUGAUACAAUAAUUACUGAGGAUGAUGUUUCAUUGAAUAACACGGCUAAAUUAUUACUUAUUUCUGCUAAUCUUUCUUAUACGCCUUAA